CAUGAGCGCCCAAAAGGAACGCAGCCAUUGUCCUCGAAGCAUACUCGACAGAUUAGGUUAGGCAAACUGCGCUUCUCAUAAUUGGAGAUAUCAUAUAUGUACAAUACAUAUACGAAGAUCAUAACGUAACAAGUCACAAUGGAAAGUGAUACUAAGUGUUUCGGAAUAUCUUCUAUAUUUACGAUAAAAUCAUAUUUACAAUACCAUUCAGAUAUGCCUUAGGGAUAUGCAUAAAAAAGUUAUACAGUUUACCUUGGCCGUACGUUUCAGAGGUUAGGAAAAUACAUGUCAAGAGUCGUCGUUAAACAUAUUAGCAAUGUAAUCUUAAAUCAGUUAUUAACGAUUAGUCAUCCUGCAAAAUGCAGUCCGUCUAACUGCCUUAUAUCAUGAACAACUGUAAGAGAAAAAUGGAACUGGAUGAGGAAUGUACAAGAAAAGAACCGUGCUAUAAAUUUUGUCACAAUUUACCAGUGCACAUCUCCAAAGGUGUAGAACGUUUCUUUUAUUUGCUUGGCAUAAAGAUUGCUCAAAGUCCAAGAAAAUGGAUGGUGGGAUGUUUCGUUGUGAUAUUGAUCUGCAUAUUAGGUUUAUUCCGCUUUAGACAAGAAAAGAAUCCAAUAAAACUUUGGAAUUCUUCAAAUGAUAAGUUUGUAUUAGAUACUGAGUGGCUAAUGUCACAUUAUGAGGAAGCUUUAAGAAUUGAGAGCUUUAUUUUAACUGGUGACAAUGUCUUAGAACAGCAAGCACUAAUUAAGUUAAAUGAGUUAACUAAAGAAAUGAUCUCUACUCAAACAGCAAUGGACAAAAUUUCUUGGACUGAUAUUUGUAUGAAAGUUCCUGCCAUUUCGGGCUAUAUAAAUAGAAAAAAACGACAAAGCUCUCUUUUUGAAGACAAUUUCUUCAAUGAUGAUCUCUUCUCAAAAAUAAAUGAUUCAACUUUUGAACCAGCUGUUCAUGCUAAUACUGAAUUAUACUGUAACAUAUUUAACAGUUUGCCUAAGGCUUGCCUUAUAUUUAGUAUCUUAGAUAUAUGGAAUUUCGAUAGUGCUAAAAUUAAGAACAAUACAAUGAAUGAAAUCAUUGAAAAGAUAAACACAGUGAAAGUUAGUCCCACACUGGGUCAUCCUUUAAACUUCAGUGAAUUUCUGGGAGGCAUAACUCUAGACGAGAGUGGUAGGAUUGUUUCUGCAACAGCUGUAAAGACUUAUAUGAUGGUUCAUGUAAAUUUCCCUAAUGUGGACAUGGACAAAAUGGGAAACCUCGCGGGAACUGCUGAUUGGGCAACAGAGGAUAUACUGAAGUGGGAGUCGGCUUACCUGGAAGUUGCAAAAAAUAUUUCAAACGGAUUGCAAAACGGAAAUUCCUCAUUGAUGUUUUACUAUGAAGCUGGCAGAAGUUUUGGGGAUAUUAGCGGAGUAUCUAUAUUUCAAGAUAUAGAUAAAUUAGCUAUUGGAAUUGUGUUAAUGUUCUUAUACGUUUUGAUGAUUUUAUCGAAAGCAAACUGGGUAGAGUGGCGGUUCUGCCUUACUGCUACUGGCCUUUUGUGCGUGGGCAGUGCGUUCAUAAUCGCAAUCGGUGUAUGUUCUCUGAUCGGGAUCCCUUAUGGUCCGGUACACACGUCUUUACCGUUUUUGCUUUUGGGCCUCGGAAUAGAUGAUAUUUUUAUAUUUAUGGCGUCAUGGAAGCAGAUACAUGCCAACGAGUUAAUUUUAAAUAAGCCAUUGACUGAAAGAAUCGGCUUUGCAUUAGGUCAUGCCGGUUCUGCUAUCAGCGUUACUUCAUUUACUGAUGUCGUAGCGUUCAUUAUUGGCGCUACUACAAUAUUACCAUCGCUUCAGUCGUUUUGCAUCUACGCCGCGGUGGGUGUAUUCGUAACGUAUUUGAUGCAAAUUACGCUUUUUGUCAGCUGUUUUACACUGGACGCUAAGAGAAUAGAGGAAAAGAGAAAUGGGGCGUUACCGUGUAUCGUGCAUGAGAAAUUCACGCCCAAAUUGCUAGAUCCGAGCAAUACAUUCUCCUGGAGAUUUAUAAAUGUUUUAUACUCGCGUGUGAUAUUUACUACACCUGGGAAAGUUAUUAUUGUAUUAAUUACAAUCGCGGCGAUGUCCGUAGGCGUCAUGGGCUCUUUUCAGCUAAAACAAUGGUUCAAUCCAAUAUGGUUGUUGCCAAAAGAAUCCUAUUUAAAUCAAUAUGCCGCUGUUAUGUCACAAAAAUUUCCCGAUCAAGGAUAUGAAGCCUUUGUCAUUAUGGGGGAUGAUAUUGACUAUUCUUCUGAAUUACCUAAAAUAAUAUCUUUAACGGAAAAUUUAAAGAACGCAUCUUUCAUCCAAACAAUAGACCCAUGGCCAACCGUAUUCGCGAAAUUUAUGUCAACAUAUUAUGAUACAGAUAUAAGAACCAAGAAGAUCACAAACGAUGACUUUUAUUAUUAUUUAUCGAAAUUUCUCAUCAGUCGAGCCGGUGGCAAAUAUCGGAGAAAUUUUUUCUUCAACGAGACGUUCACGUGCGGUAAAAGCAUUCACGCAAUCGUCGUGGCGACUAUUGACUUCAGCUUCACGAGAUUUUCAGGCCCUGAUGAGUGGAUACCGGCGAUGGACAAUAGCAGAAACAUAGCAAACGAAGCGCAAAUUCGUGGAUUUGUAACGGUGUGGUGCAAAUUAUUUGGACCGUGGUCUACAGACAAAGUGAUUUCUCAAGAAGUAAUACGGAAUAUUGCGCUGGCACUAAUCUGCGUCAUAAGUACUACGGCUAUCCUCAUCGCCGAGUUCCAAACCUGCUGUUGGAUCUUGCUCUGUGUACUUCUCACGCUGUUAAAUGUUUGUGGCUUCAUGUACUUUUGGGGACUGACGAUAGAUAUAGUAUCCUGCAUCGGUCUCGAACUGGGCAUUGGUCUCAGCGUAGACUAUGCCGUGCACGUAGCACACGCUUUCCUGAAUGCUGAAUCACGAGAGGACGACCACAACGCUCGCACAACGCGAGCGUUGAUUGCGGUCAGAUAUAUCGGCGCGGCGGUUGCGUAUGGUGCCGGUUCGACGUUGCUUGCCCUCUCGAUGUUGAGCAUCUCAUCGUCCUACGUAUUUAUAACCUUAUUCAAGAUAUUCUUUUUGGUGGUUAUAUUUGGGCUUUGGCAUGGACUGUUCUUUCUGCCGGUUAUGUUUACCAUCAUUGGGCCGCGGAGCUUACACGUAACAAAGCUGCAGCCGAUGUCCGAGAAAGUCGCCGAUGACGAAAGUUGAAGAACGAAGAAACGAAUAUUUCUUUCAGGCAUUCUCGUUCUUUAUCAAUAAUAUUUAUUUUUGGUUCAAUAAACAUACAAAAUUAUUACACUAUCCGUACUAUUAAUCACACAUUUAUACAAAAAUAAUAAUAAUAAUAGUAAUACGUCGGAUAAUUUAAAAGCGAUAGUAUUUAUAGAUCUUUAUAUAAUAUAUAUAUUAAGAUUAAAAAAAUUAUAUAUAUAUAUAUAUAUAUUUAUAUAAGAAAUAGUAAACAAGUACAAAAUAAUGUAGCAAGGUUGAUAUAGAUUUAUUAUCAAUUAUCAUCGACCGUCGGAAAGGAACAUGACUAUUAUAAACGUAA